UCAACACUAAACCCUAUCUACAUCAGCCGGACAAAGAUGAGCCGAGCAGUAGACGACCUCGGAAUCACCGUGAAACCCGAUCCAUCAAAGAAACUCGUCUUCCUCACUAAAGCCCAACGUGAAGAACUCGCCCUUAAACGCCGCCACGACGAAAUCGCCGAACAAAAACGCCGCUCCGAACAACAACUCCAACAACAACACCGCCCUUCCUCUUCCGACAACAACCACGACCACCACCAUGACAGAGAUCGUGGGGACCACCACCGCCGCGACCGAGACCGCGAAAGAGACCGCCCUUCCUCUUCCGACGACCACCACCGUGACAGAGAUCGUGGGGACCACCACCGCCGCGACCGAGACCGCGAAAGAGAAAGAGAACGAGACUCCGAGCGUCGUAAACGAGAAAGAGAGCGCGAUGAAGAGUUAAAAGAACGAGAACGAGCAAGAUUAGAGAAAUUAGCGGAACGAGAACGCGAAAAAGAACUCGACGCUAUUAAAGAGCAGUAUCUCGGGUCUAAAAAACCUAAGAAACGGGUCAUUAAACCUAGUGAGAAGUUCCGGUUUUCAUUCGAUUGGGAGAACACUGAGGACACGUCGCGCGACAUGAACGCGUUGUAUCAAAACCCUCAUGAAGCGCGAUUACUCUUUGGUCGGGGUUUUCGUGCUGGAAUGGAUAGAAGGGAGCAGAAGAAACUCGCUGCGAAAAACGAGAGGGAGUUAAGGGAAGAGAUAAGGAAGAAAGACGGUGUUGAGGAGAGUGCGGUUGAAGCAGCUGCGUUGAAGAAGAAGGAAAAGGAUGCUGAUUUGUACGAUACGUUCGAUAUGAGAGUUGAUAGACAUUGGUCUGAUAAGAAGUUAGAGGAAAUGACGGAGAGAGAUUGGAGAAUAUUCAGGGAGGAUCAUAAUAUAUCGUAUAAGGGUUCGAGGAUACCACGUCCUAUGAGGAAUUGGGUUGAGAGUAAGUUGACGAAUGAGUUGCUUAAGGCUGUUGAGAGGGCUGGAUAUACGAAGCCUUCUCCGAUACAGAUGGCUGCUAUUCCGCUUGGACUUCAGCAGCGCGAUGUGAUUGGUGUUGCGGAGACUGGUUCGGGUAAAACUGCUGCUUUUGUGCUUCCUAUGUUGACGUAUAUUACUAGGCUUCCUCCGUUGAGUGAGGAGAAUGAGGCUGAGGGGCCGUAUGCGGUUGUGAUGGCGCCUACGCGAGAAUUGGCUCAACAGAUUGAGGAUGAGACUGUUAAGUUUGCGCACUAUUUGGGUAUUAAAGUUGUUUCUAUUGUUGGUGGGCAGUCCAUAGAGGAGCAAGGUUUUAGGAUUAGGCAAGGUUGUGAAGUUGUGAUUGCGACCCCUGGGCGACUUCUUGAUUGCUUGGAGAGACGUUAUUGUGUUCUGAACCAGUGUAAUUACAUUGUUCUUGAUGAGGCUGACCGAAUGAUUGACAUGGGUUUUGAACCUCAAGUUGUUGGUGUACUGGAUGCUAUGCCUUCGAGUAAUAUGAAACCGGAGAAUGAGGAUGAAGAGCUUGAUGAGAAGAGGAUUUAUCGAACCACUUAUAUGUUUAGUGCUACCAUGCCACCUGCCGUAGAGCGGCUGGCUAGAAAAUACUUGAGAAAUCCUGUUGUUGUGACUAUUGGCACUGCUGGAAAGACUACUGACCUCAUCACUCAGCACGUGUUCAUGGUGAAGGAAGGGGAGAAAAUGUAUAAGCUGCAGAAGUUGCUUGAUGAGCUUGGUGAUAAGACGGCUAUUGUGUUCAUCAACACUAAGAAGCAGGCUGAUAGUGUUUCCAAGAAUCUAGAUAAAAAUGGCUACAGGGUAACCACACUGCACGGUGGAAAGUCACAGGAGGCGAGAGAAAUCAGCCUUGAAGGAUUUAGGACCAAGAGGUAUAAUGUGUUAGUUGCUACUGAUGUUGCUGGUCGUGGUAUUGAUAUACCUGAUGUGGCCCAUGUGAUAAACUAUGACAUGCCAAACAACAUUGAAGCAUACACCCAUCGUAUCGGACGUACAGGUCGUGCAGGAAAGACAGGUAUAGCCACAACAUUCUUGACCAUGCACGAUACCGAAGUCUUUUAUGAUCUUAAGCAAAUGCUCACACAAAGCAACAGUCCUGUUCCCCCCGAACUUGCCAGGCACGAGGCUUCGAAAUUCAAGCCUGGAAGUAUUCCUGACAGACCACCUAGGCGGAAUGAUACUGUAUUUGUUCAUUAAAGUUGGAAUUGCUACAUAUGCUAUCACACUGGCCAAGUAUUGAGAGUUUGGAUCUGCUGAAACAUGGAGCUAGGUGGAGGAAUGAUGGAGUUGGUAGAUAUAGUGGAGGAUUCCAACAUAAUGGAAGUGAAGUGGUAAACACGCUUAUAAAUGAGUUUCAUUCUGUUACUAACAAGUAAUGUGUUGUUAAUUUUGCUGAAGUGAUUUGCUUUCUUAUCUGAUUUGGUUUUGUCCUGUAAACUCUUGUCUCGUUUCUUGUAUUUCUGUUAUACAUUACUUUAUCUUAA